AUGGUCAACCAGUCCCCUCAACUAGCCAAAGCAGUAGAGCUGUGGAAGCUCCUACAGAUCCGGAAAAAGUCAGGUACCUACACACUUGACGGGAACAGCUUGACCAUUGCAGAUGUUGUAGCCACUUCAUUAUAUGGCUGCAAGCCACUCUUAUCUCAGGAUCCUAAGAUCAACAAGGACAUCCAAGAUAGUAUCAAUGUCCUCUUUGACCACCUUGCCCAAGGAUGGUAUGUCUACGGCGUUAAUACCGGGUUUGGAGGAAGUGCCGAUUCCAGAACAGAGCAAGUCACUAUGCUUCAAGCAUCAUUGAUGCAACAUACCCAAAGUGGAAUUAUCUCAAAAGCAGGCAACGGAGGGACUCCUGACCAUGUCAUGCCACGGGCAUGGGUUAGGGCUGCCAUGGUCAUAAGAUGUAACUCCACAAUGCGAGGCCAUUCUGCUGUUUCUUUCCCUGUUGUCAAGGCCAUGGCAGAAUUUCUAGGUCAUGACCUUACUCCUAUAGUCCCACUCCGUGGUUCAGUCUCUGCUUCUGGUGAUUUGAUGCCUCUUUCUUAUGUUGCGGGAGGAUUGGAAGGGAACCCGGAUAUCCUGAUACAGAACAAGGAAGGAACUGUACUAUCCGCACCGGAAGCUCUAAAGGAAGCAGGCUUGGAGCCGGUCAUAUUGGGGCCUAAAGAAGGAUUGGGUUUGAUUAAUGGAACGUCUUCCUCGGCUGGAGUUGGUGCUCUCGUCUUGGCUAAUGCACACAUGUUGGCGUUCUUGACCCAGCUUUUAACAGGAUCUGCAGUUGAGGCAUUGUGUGGCAGCUCUGAGAGUUUCCACCCUUUUAUCGCAGAGACACGACCACAUCCAGGGCAAAUUGAAUGUGCCAGGAAUGUAUACAGCUUCCUUCGCGGAUCUCAUUUGGCGCGCGAUGUUCUUGCACCAAAGAACCGUAGGCGAGAAGACCUAGUCCAGGACCGUUACUCUCUACGGAGCGCUCCUCAAUGGAUUGGCCCUCAAUUAGAGGACCUUAUGCUCGCCGAUCAACAAUUAAACAUUGAAAUCAACUCCUCGUGCGAUAACCCUCUCAUUGAUAGCGCAUCAAACGACAUUUACUACGGCGCCAAUUUCCAGGCUGCAUCCGUAACCUCAGCAAUGGAAAAGAUUCGCUUGGUUCUCCAAAUGUUUGGCAAAAUCCUCUUCUCCCAGAGCUUCGAGAUGAUUGAUCCCAAUCUCAGCGGCGGAUUACCCGCCAAUCUUGCUGCCGAUGACCCAAGUCUUUCGUUUAUGAUGAAGGGAGUUGAUGUCAAUAUGGCGGCGUAUAUGGCUGAACUUGCAUAUCUGGCUAACCCUAUGAGCUCUCAUGUGCAAGCUGCAGAAAUGCAUAACCAGUCGGUGAACUCUAUGGCACUUGCUUCUGCGCGCAUGUCAGCUGAUGCUGUUGACGUCUUGAUGAAAAUGUGUGCUUGUCAUAUCUAUGUUGUAUGUCAGGCAUUAGACCUGCGCGCCUUGCACCUUGGAUUUAUCAAGAAAGUCACCGAGAUGAUAGGCGAUCUUACCCAAAAGUUGUUCUCUGAAUUGGCGUCUCAAGAUUUGCAAACUCUUCAAGACACCUUGGGAGCUCAUAUCGGUCCCUCUUGGUCUUCAACUGGGAAAAUGGACCUUGAGGCUCGCUGCAAGUCCCUGAUUAAUGCUAUCACCCCAAUCUUGCUUGACCACAUCCAAGGCGGCAUUGAGAAUGUUGUAAAUUGGAAGAAAGAAGCCAAUGAGCUAGUCUGGAAUCUUUGGCGCGAACAUUUCAAUGCAUUCAUCAAGAACCCCGAUACACCCACACUCCUAGGUAGAGGAUCAAGUGCUCUAUAUGACUUUGUCCGAGACAAACUUGCAGUACCCUUUCAUCAAGGGUUUGUAGAGCACCCGACAUACAAAAAUAAUCAGCUAGAUGGUAGGCAGAAAAAAUCGAUUGGUGGUUGGAUAUCGAUCAUCCAUGACAGCAUUGACAAUGGCACUUUGUACGACAGUUUGAUGAUCAUGUUAGAUGAUGGGUCUGUCAAUCUCUUAAAUGGAAAGAAAUAG